AUGCCCUUGCAACUGCCCAUACGUAAGCGCUUAUUUGUGCGUUCUGAUAGAGUGAAAUUUGUGGACAUACAUCCCGUUGAACCGUGGGUUCUAUCCGCAUUGUACUGUGGCCAUGUUACUAUACAUAAUCACACAAACCAAACCCUCGUCAAACGUAUAGAAAUGAGCACAUCUCCAAUACGUUGUGCCAAAUUUAUAGCCCGCAAACAGUGGAUUGUUGCGUGCGGAGAUGAGCUUAGGCUAUGGGUCUAUAAUUACAACAGCCUAGACAAGGUAUAUGAUAUUGAGGCUCAUAGUGAUUACAUCAGGUACAUAGAUAUACAUUCUACAUUCAGUUAUGUACUGACAUCUUCCGAUGACAUGACCGUUUGUUUGUGGGAUUAUAAUAAUAAUUGGUGCAAAUUGGCCACAUUUGAAUCUCAUAUGCACUAUGUGAUGAUGGUCAGGUGGAAUCCAAAAGAGUCUCUCAUUUUUGGUACGUGUUCACUCGAUCGUACCAUAAAAAUUUGGGGAAUAAAUCCCGAUAAAUUCAGCAGCUCGUCAAGUAUCUCAAUUAAUACUGCAAAUUUUACACUUUCAGGGCAUGAGAGAGGAGUUAACGCAUUUUCAUUCUUCUUCAAAAUGGGAAGUCCAUAUAUUGUAUCUGCCUCCGAUGAUCAAUCUGUGCGUAUUUGGGAUUACCAAACAAAGCAGUGUUUGCAAGUUUUAUGCGAGCACAAUGCAGGAGUCACUUGCGUAUUAGCUCACUCAAACAUCCCUCUAAUUCUAACGGGUUCCGAAGACUCCAAAUUGAACAUCUGGCACUCAGCUAUUUAUCGAUUGGAACGCACUGUUACCUACGAAUUAGGCCGAAUUUGGUGCUUAAGUCAAUCGCCCAGCGAUAAUUAUAUGGCCAUUGCUUGUGACGAGGGGACCAUUGCCAUUGAACUUGGCGAUGAAACUCCAAUAGCAUCACUUAGCAAGGGGAGGGUUUAUAUAGCCAAGAACUUUGAUAUUCUUAGUGGUAACAUACGCAAUGGUAGUAAUGAGCAAUUGUGUGGGCAAAAUAUACAGAUUAGCUUCAAAUCACUUGGUUCGUGUGAAUUUCUUCCGCAGCUACUUACACACCACCCUAGUGGCCGUUUUUUUACCGUUAUCGGGGACGGUGAAUAUAUCAUUUACACGGCACAGGGUAUGAAGAACAAAGCGUUUGGCAAAUCUAAUCAAUUUGUUUGGUCAUCAACUGGCGAUUAUGCGACGUAUGAUGGUACUCAUAUUACUAUUUACCGCGAAUUUGAGGAGUUAUAUAAGUUUAAGGCGGGAUUUCAAGUUAUCAAAAUAUUUGGUGGUCACCUACUAGGAGUAGCCUCCAGUGACUUUAUUGUUUUUUUCGAUUGGAAUGAACACAUACUUGUACGGCGAAUUCAGGGCAAUUUUAACAAUGUAUUCUGGUCGGAUUCCAAUACUAGAGUUGCUCUUGUGUCUAAUACUUCGUGUUACAUACUGAAAUAUGAUCAUAAUUCCUUUUUGGUAUCAGUCGCUGCCAAUACGCCUCAGGAUGACGAGGGAGUACCAUCAACAUUUGAGCUGGAUACUGAGAUUACAGAACGUAUUGUGAGUGGAGUAUGGGUUUGUGAUACAUUUAUUUACACAACAGUUGGUCUGAGACUCUAUUUGUACACAACUGGCGUGCCUGAUCCGCACGCUUAUCUAGAUCGUAAACUGUACAUUCUCGGCUAUUCCAUUGAAACAAGCAAGAUAUAUCUUAUUGAUCGAGAUGGAAAUGUUCUGUCAUACAACCUAACUGAAACUUAUUUGAAGUUGAAUACUGCAAUGUUGGAGAAUAAUUGGGGAUUAGUACUUGAUAUGGUUGCUGAAAUACCAACCCAUUUACGGGAAAGGAUAAGCGUAAUAGUUGAAGCUAUGGGUAAUAUACAGCUAGCAGUUGCCAUAACGGUAAAUGCAUCAAGGAAAUUUGAAUUGGCUUUGAGCACCGGUGAUGUUGAGUUAUGUCUGGAACAAUUGAAUGGUGAUUCUUAUGAGACAUUUUAUAAAGGUGCCUUGAAAUCACCAGAUAAUUCAUCUGAGGUAAACUCGCCCAGAAAAUCCGCGUCUAAAAUGCAAAUUGAACCCAUAAAUAUUGAAAGGUGGAAGAGACUCGGCGAUAAAGCGCUGCAGCUUGGUAAUAUUUCCAUAGCAACCACCUGUUACAAUACAAUUGGCGAUAUCCAGUCACUAGUUCUUUUGUAUAUAAUAUCAGGUAAUCGCGAGGAAUUGGCUAAAGUAUCGCAAAUGGCACUGCAGAAUGGUGAAUUGAACUAUGCAUUCCAUGGAUUUUAUCUAUUGGGCGAUUUGGACAAGUGUAUCGAAAUAUUGCUGAAACAAAACAGCGAAAGUGCUGCUGUAAUAUUUGCUGCCACAUACAAGCCUUCAAAAUUGCCAACUUUAAUUGAUAGCUGGAAGGCACAACUUAUCAGGGAUGGGAUGGGCAACGUGGCAGAUGCAAUUGUUGACAUUGAUAAAAUGGACGAAUAUAAGUAUGCUUUGGAGGUUGAAAAAGUGGUUGAUGAGUCAUGUAUCUAUAAUAGAACGGUGACUAAUGCUGAGGCACUGGGUGAGUUACUUAAAUUUGAUACCUUGUCACUAUAUGUAAAAGAUGAUAGUAAAUCUUCGCUCGAUGAAUUCAAGGAUUUGCUCAAUAAGUGUAUAUAG